AUGUUUGAAAUUGAAAAAUUUCAGGGUUCUGAAGGCAAGAAGGAAGAUGAAGAGAAGAAAUACCUUGAUGUUAUCAGCAACAAAAACAUAAAACUUUCAGAAAGAGUUCUGAUCCCUGUCAAACAGUAUCCAAAGUUCAACUUUGUUGGGAAAUUGCUUGGACCAAGAGGAAACUCCUUGAAGAGGUUACAGGAAGAGACAGGUGCAAAAAUGUCUAUCCUGGGGAAAGGCUCCAUGAGGGAUAAAGCUAAGGAAGAAGAACUAAGGAAAAGUGGAGAAGCCAAAUAUGCACACUUGAGUGACGAGCUUCAUGUAUUAAUUGAAGUAUUUGCUCCACCUGGGGAAGCGUAUUCUCGUAUGAGUCAUGCCUUGGAAGAAAUAAAAAAAUUCCUCGUUCCUGAUUAUAAYGAUGAAAUUCGUCAGGAGCAGCUGCGAGAACUGUCCUAUUUGAAUGGUUCAGAUGACUCAGCUCGUGGACGGGGCAUUCGAGGAAGAGGGAUCCGUGUGCCACCUGCCGCUCCAUCAAGGGGCCGUGGGGGUGCGAUCCCGCCGCCGCCGCCUGGCCGAGGGGCGCAGACCCCGCGAGGAGCCCCGGUGACGCGCGGAGCGCUCCCGGUGCCCCCGGUGGCAAGGGGCGUUCCCACGCCACGCGCACGGGGCGCUCCGGCCGUCCCCGGCUACAGACCUCCCCCGCCACCCGCGCAUGAGGCCUACGAGGAGUAUGGAUACGAUGAUGGAUAUGGGGGUGAAUAUGAUGAUCCAAGCUAUGAGGCAUAUGACAACAGUUAUGCCACCCAAACACAAAGCGUGCCUGAGUAUUAUGACUAUGGUCACGGAACAAGCGAAGAGGCUUAUGACAGCUACGCACAAGAAGAAUGGGCCACAACCCGUUCCAGCCUAAAGGCACCACCUCCAAGGUCAGCCCGAGGGGGUUACAGGGAACACCCCUAUGGUAGAUAUUGAAGGUCUUCCUCAUCUGUGACCUCAUCUCAAAGACAAUUAAUAGCCUGUGGUCUCCACAUAAACAGCAACACGACAAGGACUCACAGGCUUUGGACAGCCAAGCAGCAGAUCUGCUGAGAAGUGUUCAGGCAUGAACAGCAAUUGCAAGACUGCUGACCUGAAGACUCUUCACUACCUGGAGGUCUCAUUUCCCUUCCAUUAGGAAUUAUACCUGUGUCUUGGAAGAAUUCUCUAAUGCUGAGUARCAUCUUCUAUUUUACAUCCGUACAGAGCACUUCAUUAUGUGAAGGAACAGAAAUGCUUAAAUGGAUGAAGCAGCUAUUUACGUCUGAUAGGAGCUAAGUGGGACAUUAAAUUAAUGCCAAACAAAUGUACACAAACAUAGGCACAGGACUGAGAACGAAAGAGCAGCAGUUUCUACCUCAUGGAAAUUGGUUGGUACAAUUAAUUCUGACUUUUUUCUCAAGUGUAGAAAAAGAAUGAGGGGCAACACAGAGUAAACAGCCAAUAUGUAAGUUUAUCUGAAUGAAUUGUAUUCAACAGGACAGUUAAUGAUAAAUGUAAUGACCCUGAAAAAUAAAUAUGGGAACUCAUUUAGACUUUUUCCUAAAACCACAAAGAAUAAUCUACAGUAAGCUAUAAAAAGUGUCAUUAAGUCAUCAAUAUUUAUGAAUAGUUUUCUCUUGUGGUUUCUGAGAUUCUGUUUCUCCCAGGAUUGUGAAUGACU